AUGGGGUUCUCCAGACCCAGUCCAAGUUCCAAUGACUACGAAGCCCUCCUAACAGAACAGGUGGACAAGCAUGAGCUGUGCAUGCGCCUGUCUCUUCCUGUGCGAGACCUGCGGAUCCUGGACCCUGCUGUGAUGACGUCCCAGUCGCCAUCCUCCAUCUUCAUCCGAGACAACGCAAUCAUAUUCAACAUUGAGAGCCUGAGGAUGCUCAUUCAAAAGGAUGAGGUGAUACUGCUGAGCUCGCCUGUGGCUGGACAGUCGCUGACUGCAUCCACAUCCCCAACGCCCAACGAUACCUUUGUUCAAGAGCUGGCCUCCUUGCUGGACCCAGUUGAGGCAGCCAUUGCCCACCACAGCUCCAGGGUGGAGACAUUCCUGCCCUAUGAGCUCAGGGCUCUUGAGCACGGCCUAGCGACCGCUGUGAGAUCCUGGGAGGUGGAGACUCUGGCGCUCGAGAAGCGGACGUUUCCAAUUGUGAAGUCGCUCUUGAACAAGGCUCUGCAGGACAUAUUGGAUGAUGACGAGGACAUUGCUGCCAUGUACCUGGGCCGCAAGGCUGCGGCAAGGGAAGCUGCAGCCGCGCGCUCUGACACUGGCGGGGAUGCGACCCAGAAUGCAUCCCAAGAUGAUGAGCUGCUGGUGGCAGAAGCUCUGAGUGAGGAACCUGCGCAGCGCCAGGGACAAGGGCCGCAGCAGCGUGUUGCCAUAGCUUCUGAUCGCACAGUGUCAGCCCCACCGCCAUCUUUUGGGACUCAGGAAUCGCUACCAACAGAGCUGUCUAGUGCACCAUCAGCCCCAGCUUCCCAGUACCCCUCUCGUGAGCAGGCUGACCACAAGAAGACAGGCAGAGCGCUGUGGGCCCAGAUAUCCAACAUGAAGCUGGCACAGAGGCUGAUCAAUGCCUUGCAAGAUGAAGACCUCACGGAUAUCUCUGCCUGCGAGAAUUUGCUAGAAUCGCGCAAUGAGCUGGUUGCCCUGGAUCUGUUCCUCACAGCUGUCGCCACCGUCUUUGCAUUUGUCUCUAUGGUCGGUGAGUGA